CCGGCUUCAAGUCUCUCAGGUACUGUGCACGUGAUGUUCCUGUUCAGUGCAAACUUGUAUUUUUGAAGACUUUGAUUCAUCGGGAAUUCCGAUCUUCUUCGAGCCUUGCGCUCCAUCCUUCUCCCACCAUGUUGCCCAGAGCAGUCGCCGCGGCCUCGAGGGCUCGUUCGCUCGGCCGCGCGGGCAGUCGCUUCUCGAGUCUACGAAUAUUGCAUCGAGUUGUCCCGCAUACACCAUUUUACACGCCCGAAUACCGUCGUUCGAUAAGCUCGACAGUCUCUAAACCAGCUACGCUCUCCCAAGGCUCCGGGAUAGAAUACCCUUUCAUCAAUGCCCAAGCAGAAAAAAGGACCCCGCAGACCCUGACGGAAAAGAUCGUUCAGAGCCAUGCUGUCGGCUUGCCGGAGGGGAAGAUUGUUCGGAGCGGCGACUAUGUACAAAUAAAACCCUAUCGAUGCAUGUCCCACGACAACACCUGGCCUAUUGCGAAAAAGUUCAUGUCCAUUGGCGCCACUCAAGUGAAGAACCCGAGCCAGAUGGUCUUUGCGCUCGAUCACGAUGUCCAGAACAAGACGGAGACAAAUCUCAAGAAAUACGAGCAAAUCCAAGCAUUUGCAAAGACGCAUGGCAUUGUCUUCUUCCCUGCUGGCCAUGGGAUUGGCCACCAGGUCAUGGUCGAAGAGCUCUUUGUGUGGCCCGGAAAGCUGUGCGUAGCUUCAGACAGCCAUAGCAACAUGUACGGCGGCCUGGGUUCUCUGGGAACCGCUAUAGUAAGGACGGACGCGGCGUCAAUCUGGGCAACCGAGAAGAGCUGGUUUCAGAUCCCUCCUGUUGCUCAAGUAACCUUCACGGGGACGCUACCUCCAGGUGUCACUGGUAAAGAUGUCAUAGUUGCUCUGUGCGGGCUCUUCAAGGACGACGUCCUUAACCAUGCCGUGGAGUUCUGUGGAUCUGAAGAGACCAUGGCCAGUAUCUCGGUAGACAACCGACUUACAAUCAGCAAUAUGUCGACUGAGUGGGGUGCCCUCUCUGCAAUGUUUCCGAUAGACCAGACUCUAGAACGCUGGCUGAGGUAUAAGGCCACAGAGGCAGCCAUGUUCCCAGACCGUACUACUAGAGAACGAAUCACGCACGAAAAGAUUGAUGAGCUCUAUGCCAACCCUGUUCAGGCCGACCCGGGAGCGCAUUACGCAAAGAAACUCUACCUCAACCUCUCCACCCUCUCGCCUUACGUAUCCGGCCCCAACUCGGUCAAGGUCUCAACGCCCCUCAGUGACCUGGCGCCCAAGAACAUCAAGGUGGAUAGAGCAUAUAUCGUAUCCUGCACGAACUCGCGAGCUUCCGACAUCGCCGCAGCUGCCAAGGUCUUCCAAGAUGCUGCAAAGGCCAACGGUGGCAAGAUCCCUAAAGUUGCAGACGGAGUCAAGCUGUACAUUGCUGCGGCCUCUGCUCGUGAGCAGGAGCUUGCGGAAGCCGACGGCAGCUGGCAGACUCUGUUGGAGGCUGGGAGCAUCCCACUCCCUGCGUCCUGUGGUCCUUGCAUUGGACUGGGUACGGGGCUGUUGGAGGAUGGCGAGGUCGGAAUUUCUGCUUCAAACCGGAACUUCAAAGGGCGCAUGGGUUCUCGAAACGCCCAGGCUUAUCUUGCUAGUCCGGAAGUGGUGGCUGCCAGCGCCAUCAGCGGCGUGAUCUCGGGCACGGGCGUAUACAAGGCCCCCGAAAACUACUCUGGUGUCGAAUUUGGCUACGGCACCGGUUUACCUGCGACAACGGAGACUCAGCUCAGCAACGCUCUGGAACAACUCGAGUCGCUCAUCGAUAGGGUCGAGGCGUCCGCUACUGAUGACGCCUCAAAGGCCACCACCAAGAUUCUUCCCGGGUUUCCAGAGAAGAUCAGCGGUGAGAUUGUAUUCUGCGAUGCCGACAACCUCGACACCGACAACAUUUAUCCCGGCAAAUAUACAUACCAGGACGAUAUUACGACGGAGGGCAUGGCAAAAGUCUGCAUGUCCAACUAUGACCCUGAUUUUGGGCAGUCUGUGAGACCCGGCGAUAUUCUUGUCUCAGGUUUCAACUUUGGGUGCGGGUCUUCACGAGAGCAAGCUGCUACUGCAAUUCUCGCCAAGAAGAUCCCGCUCGUUGUGUCGGGAAGCUUUGGGAACAUCUUCUCUCGCAACAGCAUCAACAAUGGGCUCUUGGGCUUGGAAGUUCCGCGUCUCAUUGAGCGCCUGCGUGCUACUUUCGCCUCGUCGGACAAAGUGCCAACUCGACGGACAGGUUGGACGCUGACGUGGGAUGUUACCCGGAGCGUCGUCGAAGUACGGGAGGGUGAGAAUGGGGACCGUUGGGAGGAAAAAGUGGGUGAGUUUGCAGAGAGCUUGCAGGAUAUCAUCGCAAAGGGCGGCUUGGAAAAAUGGGUCAAGCACGAGAUCAUGAAGACGGAGGCAUAGAUACCAUGUAAAGCGACGUGGAGUUGACAUUAUGGAUGCUUAGAUGAGUAUGCCUUCUAUGUAUAGGCUGUAGACGGACAGCUUCGUGGAUAGCGCCUAUAGCAUUUAUCCAUACCACAGGAGUCGCGGUAACCCACUACAAGAAAAUAAAGAAUGUAAUAUGAUCUACCUUAGUCAGGCUUUUAGUAGAGGAUGUCCAUUCUAACAUCGAAACAAAUAGUGAGACUUUGCAUGGUGAUGCGGUUAGACUGAGCCUUGAUAGGGCCGUAUUGGGAUGAAAGCACCUUUACAUCAUGUUCUAGACGACUAGCAAAGUUGGAGCUGAAACUUCAAGUUGAACU